AUGAGGGAUUUACAGAUCAGGAAACUCUGUCUAAAUAUUAGCGUUGGAGAGAGUGGUGACAGAUUGACCCGUGCUGCUAAAGUUCUGGAACAGCUUACAGGGCAACAGCCUGUUUUCUCUAAAGGUAGAAAUUAAGAGAAUCAUUAGUGUUUUAUCUGUUAUCAAGAAAGCAAGAAGUUGGUUCAAAAUACAAUGCAUAGAGCUCGCUUAGCCUAAGAAAACAGCUGAAAUUUCGCGACGCCACCAACUGUUUCCCCACGAAAUGAUGUCUGAGAAACAAGCACAACUGAGAAACGAGCACAGAAAUUCCAUACUGAUGGCAUAUCACUACCCAGAUCUGGGUGGUGCUUCUGUUUGGUUGAAGCAAUUUUCGCGAGCCGCACGACCAAGCAGAAGCACUUCUUAGAUCUGGGUAAUGACGCGUCAUUAGUGUGGAAUUUCUGUGCUUGAUUCUCAGACGUCAUUUCGCGGGGAAUUCAGUAGUGGUGUCGCGAAAUGCUGGCUGUUUUCUCAGGCUAAGACCACCUUUGAUGCCUCAGAGACAAGUAAAACCACAGUUGGUCCUAGCAUGGUAUAACUGACCGGUUCUUUGGAUGAUGAUGAUGAUGAUGAUAUAGUAAUAGUAUUAAUAAUAAUAACAAUAAUAUUAAUGUUAAACUGUUUUAAUAACAAUAAUAAUUUUAAUAAGAAGAAGAAUGAAUGAUGCACAUGUCAUCAGCUUCCCCCAGGGGUAGGACCCCAUGGGAGAAUACAAGGAGGAAUUCUCUGUCCUUAGGGAGGGGAAAAUUUGUGGCUUUCCUUUAUCUUGAAAGGAAAGGGGUGGGGGAAUUCAGAUUUUUAUAACAUCAUAGACAGCAACCCUUCUCUAGCGCGUAACUAUUGAGAAUAUUAAUGUGAGCAUUUUUAUAUGGAGUGGAGAUCAGGGGCAUUUUUCAGUGAGAAGCACUUGACGUGGGGAAUUUGUUUUGUUAGCCAGUUUGGUAACCUGUAUUUAGCAGUCAUGUGCCAAGUAACAUAUAGUGUUUUUAUUAGAAAGUCUUAAUGGUCUUUCCAAAGUAUUAGAGUGGAAAUGUUCUUAAGGUAUCUGCAGCGGUAGUUUGUCAAUGAAUCCAAGCAGUGAAUAGAUUUUGCUUAGCGCAUCAAUAGAACUUGAUGCUGGAAAGAGGAGUCAAAUUGCGCUCCUGCCGUUCUUUUUCUUAGUAACGGAAAUGAAAAUUUUUUUUUUCGGUAAAUCAGUCAACUUUUGAGUAGAUUUUCUCUUAAAUGCGAAGGUAUAUUCGAAAAAGAACACCAGAUAUGCAUAUUACAUCAUCUGAACUUACUGUAGAACGAUUUUGAGGGCAAAAUAAAAUGUUGAAAAUUUGCUGGUGCAGAUACCUUAAGGCAGCCCUCUAGUUUAUUCCAAACCCUCCAUGUUAUAUUGCAUUCUGGUGACCAAUAGUUUAUUUCUUGGAUUCAUUUUAACAAAAAGGGAAAAAAAGUUUAAUUCAGAGCUCUAAAGGUUUUUACAAAUGUUAAAACUUAGGCAUAGUGAAUGGUUACCUAGAAAAUUGUAAACUAAUCUUGAAUUGAAGAAUCAUUCUGUGUGUUUCUUCCCAUCUCGCAAAAUUUUUCCUGCAAAGUCUCAGAUUUUUAUAACCAUCCUCUCAGCAUCAAGCUAGUGAGUAUUCUGUUAAGAGAAACUUUUUUACCCUCUAGCUCGUUACACUGUGAGGUCUUUUGGAAUUCGAAGAAAUGAGAAGAUCUCAGUUCAUUGUACUGUGCGAGGUCCAAAGGCAGAAGAAAUCUUGGAGAAGGGCUUGAAAGUGCGGGAAUAUGAGUUAAACAAAGGAAACUUCUCUGCUACAGGUUUACUGUAUUUACAUUAUUUUUUACUUUUACCUGUGUUGAAAGCUGGGCUUUGGUAAAGAUAUUAAAAAGCUUAAGGAACAACAACGCCGACAGCUACGAAAACGUCACUGAAAAAUUCGGGCUGCUUCAAUCAACUUCAACAUGCUCAUUCCAUCUUGUUCAAUUUGUCAAAUGUUGACAAUUUUUUUCUGGAGAUGAAUUCCAAAAGACUGUGUCAAAGGUCAAGAAAAGAAAAAGAAAGUCUUGUCUUGUGUUCAUGUCCUCCACAAAAUGUAAAAUAAGGAAUUUUUGUGUGGUAGUUCUGCAAUGACGGCAAAGAAAUAACAAAAAGGGUGAUGCACGUCCAAUUUUGUUGUUUUUCUAAUCUAUUGUGCCUAUUGCUUUUUUACCCUUCUUGCUGGCGUCACCGUAGUUGUUGCUUAAGCAUCCUAUUAUCUGUGACUUUUGCCGAUUUCUUUCCGGUGCGAUGCUCUCUGUUGAAGUCCUGAAUUUUUUUCAGGCUUCUUUAUGCAAUUGCAUAAAUUGCGUUCACUGCGACGAUCAUUUCUUCAUUUUCAUUUCAUUUCCGCAAAUCAUAUAUGAUUUAUUUCAUAUAUCAUUAACACUCAUUUCUUUCGCGGGAAUAUAUGAACCCACAAUUGACCUGCUCCCAGUGUCAGUGGCUUCAUAGCUCAGUUGGUAGAGCAUGGCAUCAGUAAUCGCGAGGUCACGGGUUCAAACCCCGUUGAGGUCUUGAAUUUUUUUCAGGCUUCUUUAGGCAAUUGCAUAAAUUGCGUUCACUGCGACGAUCAUUUCUUUAUUUUCAUUUCAUUUCCCCAGUUCAUAUAUGAUUUACUUCAUAUAUCAUUAACAAAAUCUUUUUUGUCGUUGAUCUGCUUCAGGAAACUUUGGCUUUGGAAUCCAGGAGCAUAUUGAUCUAGGAAUAAAGUAUGACCCAACCAUUGGUAUUUAUGGCAUGGAUUUCUAUGUGGUCCUUGGUCGUCCUGGAUUCAACGUGGCAAAGAGAAAAAGAGCCAAGGCUCAUGUGGGAUUUCCACACAGGAUUACCAAAGAAGAGUCCAUGAAGUGGUUCCAGCAGAAGGUAUGAGUAAAGCUCUGAAUAAUUUAUACCUUUUUGUGGGGUGUGACUGUGGUAUGUGUUAAUCUCAUGGAAGUUUACAAUAAACAAUAGAAACGGUAGAGACUUGGUAAAUUUUAUGCGAAAGUAAGGUGUGUAAUAUCCAGCACUUUGUUAAAUAAUCAAUUACAAUGUUGGUUAAAAAUAAAAAGGUUUACAGUCAAACCAGGUCAAGCGUACCCCGCAAGAAUACACUAAUGAAUUUAUUAUUCAAAAGUUGAAUCCUUUGCUAGUUGUGGCUUCAGAUUGAUCUCUGCAUUCUUGCAUGUGUAAUGAGCCGUGAAUUCACACGCGAGGCCGUUAUGAAAUUUCUACCAGCUCCAUUUUCCUGAAAUUGAUGUAAAUGUCUUCUAAGAAAGCUCAUUACGCAUUCAGAAAUGCCUCUUUGAAUUUGACACAAGUUACGGGAACGACUAACGGAUUCAUUUUUCAAAUAAUCAAUUCAUUAAUAGAAUCUUGGGGGGUACGCUUGACUUGGUUUGACUGUAACAUGGUGGAAAGUACACUUAGCUUAUCCAGCUAGUUUACAGGCUCUCCACUCAAAUACUUAGAAACAAAUAAUUCAAAUACAACAUAACAGGAUGAAAAACCCAAACUGGCAGGGGGGCAACCAGUUGGCUAUUUACAAGUAUGGCCGAGGAUUUGAACUCAGGAUGACUGAGAACAAAUCCAGCAAGUUGCCUGAGCGGGACUCAAACCCGGGACCACCGGAUUGUGAGUCGUACGCACUGACCACUUGGCCACUCUGCCUCCUAUGUAAUGAAGCCUGUGUGGCAGGCAUUGAAAGGGCUGGACAAUCCCACUUUUCUCCUCCCCCACCCUUCCCUUUUUUUGUGCCUACCGCACAGGCUAAAAUCAUGAGAAAGUUUUUGUUCAGGGAUCCUGUGUGGCUUUCCUCUUCAAGUCUCCUUGUUAUAUGUCAGUUAACCCUUUAAGUCCCAAUAUCAACAUACAAAUUCUCCAAACUGAUCUCCAUACAUUUCCUUUAAGAAUCAGUUGAGAGAAUUUAAUAACAGAUCAAGGUUUUUUCUCUUUGGUGAUCAUUUGUUAAUUCUCAUAACUGUAUCUCUUGACAAUUACUGGAUAUUGUUAGGAGAAAAUUGAUGUUGGUCACUAUCGGGACAUAAAGGGUUAACUAGUUGCCUGACAUAGUUCAGAUUUAGACUUGAUAUAACAAUGAUGUGAGGCUUCCCGGGUAAAGUUUUCGUCACUCAAGGGCAAUAAAUUAAUGGGUUUUGUUCCCUUUAUUUUGUUUUUCUUUCAGUUCGAUGGAAUCCUCCUCAAUCCCAAGAAACAUUAA